AUACUCAGGUUACAUCUCCACGGCUUUAUUAGCUCACUUCACCUCCAAACUUCCCUCUUCAGCUGCCUGGUCCCGGAGAGAAGCUGCAGACAUGAAGCUGUUCGUGGCAAUCCUCGCAGUCUUUGCAUCGCUAUCUGUCACUGUUGAUGCCACCGUCUACUUCAAGGAGCAGUUUGCGGAUGGAGAUGGAUGGAACAGCCGGUGGGCCGAGUCCAAGCACAAGUCCGACUACGGCCAGUGGAAACUGAAUGCUGGAAAGUUCUAUGGGGAUGCUGAGGCUGAUAAAGGUAUCCAGACCAGCCAGGACGCCCGCUUUUACGCCCUGUCGGCCCGCUUUGAGCCCUUCAGCAACGAGGGAAAAACCCUGGUCGUCCAGUUCACCAUCAAGCACGAGCAGAAGAUCGACUGCGGAGGCGGUUACGUCAAGAUCUUCCCCUCCGACCUCGACCAGAGCAACAUGCACGGAGACUCUCAGUAUUACAUCAUGUUCGGGCCUGACAUCUGUGGAUACAGCACAAAGAAGGUUCACGUGAUCUUCAACUACAAGGGCCAGAACCACCUCAUCAAGAAAGACAUCAAAUGCAAGGAUGACGAGCUGACCCACCUGUACACACUCAUCCUGAAUCCAGACCAGACGUACGAGGUGAAGAUCGACAACGAGAAGGUGGAGUCCGGCUCCCUGGAGGAAGACUGGGACAUGCUGCCCGCAAAGAAGAUCAAGGACCCGGAGGCCAAGAAACCCAGCGACUGGGACGACAGGGCCAAGAUCGACGACCCCAACGACACCAAGCCUGAGGAAUGGGACAAACCAGAGACCGUCCCCGACCCCGAUGCCAAGAAGCCUGAAGACUGGGACGUGGACAUGGACGGAGAGUGGGAGCCUGCCAUGAUCACCAACCCAGAGUAUAAGGGCGAGUGGAAACCCAAGCAGGUUGACAACCCCGACUACAAAGGAGCCUGGGUCCACCCUGAGAUCGACAACCCAGAGUACACCAACGACGCCGCUAUGUACAAGUUUGAUUCCAUUGGAGUUCUGGGCCUGGAUCUGUGGCAGGUUAAAUCUGGCACCAUCUUUGACAACUUCCUGAUCGGUGACGAUGUCAAAGAAGCAGAGGAGUUUGGGAAGGAAACCUGGGGAGUUACUAAGGAACCAGAGAAGAAGAUGAGAGACGAGCAGGAGGACAUGGACAGGAAAGUGAGGGAGGAGGAGGAGAAGAGCAAGAAGAAGGACACUGAGGGCGAGGAGGAGGAAGAGGAGGAGGAAGAGGGCGAGGAGGAGGAGGAGGAAGAGGGCGAGCACGAAGAGGACACGGAAGAGGACGCCGGGACAGAAGAGGACAUCAAAGAGAAGGACGAGUUGUAGAGGAAAGGGACGCGGUUGGCGGACUGCUGUGUGCUUCUCUCUGCAGGUUCAAACCAACGACAGCAAAUCAUCAGAAAGCCCUAUAUGGACUCCGGCCUUUCAUACGGCAGCCUUUUAUUCAGGUGUAGGGGCGGGGGAGGGGUGGAAGGUGGGGUCAGGUCAGAUUUAUUUUUUAUUGAUUCCCUUGUUGCUUUUUUUAGCCUUGAAAUUAGAGAAAGGAGAAGGGGUUUACGUGUUGUUUUUCCUUCUGUUUGUGUGUCUGCUUCGGUCGAGAGUGUUCUAAUUUAAUGUGAUUUACUGAACGGUCCCCACGGUGUGUGAAUGUGUGUGCAUCCUGCAGUCACUCAGAGCCAAUCCUUCUUUCAUAUUGCCUGUGUUGGGAUGUCCAGUAAAUUGAGGGGUCCGUCUCUGAUGUCUGGUUCAUGCACUUUUCUUUCUCCUGUGUGAUGUAGUACUGUCUGUUUUUUAAGUCAUAAUUUAUUCAAUCAUUGCAUCGAUUCCCUGAAAACAACAUGUCUGAUCCCAAAGCUCUGAUUGUGGGUGUACGUCCUUCCUCCAACUCUGUGUGUGAGUGUGUGUGUGUGUGUGUGAGAGCGAGACUGCAUUAGACAAACUGUGAUUUUUACAAUCGCCAUUUUCCUCAUUGUUCUGUCCUGUGGGUGCACACUGUUCAGUUUCAGUGAAUAAAUUGAAGCCUCUCUCUACAAGCUGGCGCCUGUU